GAGCCCAGUGCUCAGAGAGAAAGGCUAAAGUCCUAAGGAGGAUGUGGCUGCAGAACCUGCUUCUCCUGAGCACUGUGGUCUGCAGCACCUCCGCACCCACCCACCCACCCAGCCCUGCCACCCGGCCCUGGCAGCAUGUGGAUGCCAUCAAGGAGGCCCUGAGCAUUCUGAACCAGAGUAAAGACACUGACGCUGUGAUGAGUGAAACAACAGAAGUCAUCGCUGAAAUGUUUGACUCCCAGGAGUCGACAUGCCUGCAGACUCGCCUGAAGCUGUACAAGCAGGGCCUGCGGGGCAGCCUCACUAGUCUCGAGGGCCCCUUGACCAUGAUGGCCAGCCACUACAAGCAGCACUGCCCCCCCACUCAGGAAACUUCCUGUGAAACCCAGAUUAUCACCUUUAAAAGUUUCAAAGAGAACCUGAAGGGUUUUCUUUUUACCAUCCCCUUUGACUGCUGGGAGGCAGUCCAGAAGUGAAGCAGGCCAGACCAGCCAGAAGCCAGCCUGGGAGCUUACCUCACAGAUCACUGCCUUCCCAUCCACAAAGAG